AUGGCCACAAAUAUCCGAAAAACCCACCCACUAUUUAAAAUUGUAAAUCAUACCUUAAUUGACCUCCCUUCCCCAUCAAACAUCUCCAUCUGAUGAAACUUUGGUUCACUACUAGGACUUUGCCUCAUUAUCCAAAUCCUCACAGGACUAUUCCUGGCAAUACAUUACACCGCAGACAUCUCCAUAGCCUUCUCAUCAGUAACCCAUAUCUGCCGAGAUGUUAAUUACGGUUGACUCAUCCGUAAUAUUCAUGCCAACGGAGCUUCAAUAUUCUUCAUCUGCGUCUAUCUCCAUAUUGCCCGAGGCAUCUAUUAUGGAUCUUACCUCAAUAAAGAGGCAUGAAACAUCGGAGUAAUCUUACUCUUCCUACUCAUAGCUACGGCAUUCGUAGGAUACGUUCUUCCAUGAGGACAAAUAUCAUUCUGAGGAGCUACAGUUAUUACUAAUCUCCUAUCAGCCUUCCCCUACAUUGGAAAUAUCCUAGUCCAAUGAAUUUGAGGUGGAUUCUCAGUAGAUAACGCCACCCUCACCCGCUUCUUCACAUUCCACUUUCUCUUACCAUUCCUAAUCGCAGCUCUAUCCAUAAUUCAUAUCCUCUUUCUCCAUGAAAAAGGCUCUAACAACCCAACAGGUCUUAACUCAGACAUAGAUAAAAUCCCCUUCCACCCAUACUUUUCCUACAAAGAUCUUAUAGGUUUUUUUAUCAUAAUUUUCUCUCUUACACUCCUCGCCCUAUUCUCACCCAACCUUCUAGGAGAUGCUGAAAACUUCAUUCCAGCCAACCCACUAGUUACACCCCCACAUAUUAAACCAGAGUGAUAUUUUCUAUUUGCCUACGCCAUCCUACGCUCUAUUCCCAACAAACUCGGAGGAGUCUUAGCUCUAUUAUUCUCUAUUUUCAUUCUCCUAUUAAUUCCCCUACUCCAUACUUCCAAACAACGUAGCAGUAUCUUCCGACCAAUCACCCAAUUUUUAUUCUGAACCCUAACAGCCAACACAAUCAUUUUAACAUGAAUUGGAGGUCAACCCGUAGAACAACCAUUUAUUCUAAUUGGACAAAUUGCAUCCAUUAUUUACUUUCUACUAUUCCUAAUCAUCAUACCAGUCAUAAGCUGAUGAGAAAACAAAAUUCUCAACUUAAACUA